AUGAAGAACAAAUAUUACCGGUUACAGAACCGGCUGGACCGGUCAGCCGUCUGUUCGAAGGAGCAGCUGCCGGAGUGGUAUGUGUUGAUGGAUACGGUGAUGGAACGCGAUGAGUUCCACUUGCGAUCGGCAAGGAAGGAGAUUCUGCCAACACGUCGGCGCGGUCGACCGCCGAAAUCGCGAGGCCGUCCAGCAGCAGCACCAGCAGUACCGAAGCGAGAGAGGGUACAAGGCGAUUUAAGUGACGAUGACUUAAACCCACUCGACGACCCUCUAGAUGACACUGAAGCGUAUUCGUUUCCGGCUCUCCCAACCCUGCCCACUGCAGCAAACGCGAGAACACUGCAGUAUCCUUCCCCAGCUCUCCCAACCCUGCGUACCGUAGCAGUUACGGAAGCACAGCAGUAUGUCUCUCCCCCUCCCCGAUUUGCCCGAGAGGUUUCUGCACUGUACACCCCGACUGCAGCUGCUGCGUUGCCACUUAAAGCCGGAGCAGCAUCAGCACCUGGGGCGACUGGGGCGUCAGCAGCUGUUGGGCAAGCUGUUGCUGCAGCGACUGCUGCUGGGGCAUUGGCAUUGGCAGUGCUCGGCGCAAGCAAUCCAUUGCGUGGUGUUGCUCCGAUAGUAGCGCUAACAUCUCCCCCUGCUGCUCAAGACGACAGGCUGACGUCACCUGCUUCGGCCGGAGGUGAUAAGCUGACGUCACCAGCUUCUGCUGAGGAUGAUGAUAGGCUGGCGUCCCCGCCUUCUGCUCGAGAUGGCAUGCGGGGGAUGUCUCCCCCAAUUACCAGAGGGGGGAGGAAGAUGGCAGCAGGGUUGGGACCCACAGGGUGGAGGAGGGGAAGGUGGGGAUCAGGGUGGCGAGAGAGAGAGGGGUUUGCAGUCAAUCCCGGGGUGCGUUCGCACUUGAGUGCUCGUCGCACGGCCGGCAGGACAGGCCUGAUGGCUGCUGAAGGGCUGGGUGAUGUGAUGGACGAGGCGGUUGAGAAUGCGUUUGCGGAUUUCGAGGGGCUUACUCAGGAGUGGGUGGAGAGAGCGUGUGGUGAGUUUGAGGGGAUGGUGGCUGAUAUGGCAGAGAGGGCGUGCUUGCAGUUCAGGAGUGCUGCGAGGGAGUUUUCUGAGUCGUGGAAAGCCGGGCAGGACUACAAGAGGCGGAGGAGGUUUUGA